AUGGCAGCCAUCGGCCUUCGACUCGCGGGUUGCCUGCUGUGCGCACUGCGUAUCGCAGCGGGAGGGAAUGAAUUUGAGGCCGUGACCCCCAGAGAUAACAUACAGACAGCGAAUGCAGAGGGUAAGUGCCACUUAGCCAAUCUGUUCCUUCAUUCAUUGGCAGACGACGACGGGGCAGCACAGCCCAUUGAUGUGCGGCCCGUAGCUGGGCAGAUGCAAGCCUUCGAAGCAACGCUGGACUACCGCAUGGCUGGGUUUCACAUCCAGGCCACUGCGACUCCUCGAGAUGCUUGCCAAGUCAGUGAGAUGAGCACAGCUGCCACCAUGCUCGAUCCUGGCGAUUCGACUCUGGCAGAAAUCUACGUAACGGCCAAGCAGGAAGGUACCAGCUUCAAGACUUUGAGAUACCUGGUAAACGUCUCCCGCCUCUCAGGAAGCGAAACCGAGCUCGGGCAUGUAGCCGUCUCUGGGGCCUAUUUUGUGCCGGGCUGGAAGCCAGAGAACAAGCAAUACACGGCUUUUCUGAACCUCGAGGAGGACCUUGUGAAGUUUAACUGCAUCAAGCUUGACAAUGGCCAGGCAGUAAAAAUGACAGCAGAAGUAGAAUAUGCAGGAACGCACAUUCAGGCGAGGCGCCUGCAGACCCUUUCAGAGGCCCCCUCAGAGAGCAAGACGGUUGGAGAGGCACAGCGCGUGAACUCGAUGCUGAUGACUACGCUGGAUGUGGGCCACAGCCGCGUUGUGCAACUUCAGGUCACAUCUGCUGACAGGUCUCGAGCAGGUAACUACUACUUCACAGUUCAGCGCCCGCCCUGCGCAGAAGAACGGCGCUUCUUCGACGGAAGAAGCAGGAUGUGCACAGAUAUAUGCAAUGAAGGCUUCUAUGGCAGCUCGGCAACCGGACGCUGCACUCGAUGCUUAGACAGCCAUUGCGCUGUGUGCGAGGGGAGGAACUGCACAUUGUGCUUUGACAAAUACGAGCUUCAGAAUGGUGCUUGCGUGUUAAGAGGAGCUGGCAGUGGCAUGGCAUUGGUCAGUCAGGUUGAAUCAGGUGUUGCCAGCUAUGCGCAAAAGCACCAAACAAUGAUGGUGAUAUUGGGAGGAGCUUUGUGUGUCAUCGCUUCUGCUUGUGCGGCAUCAGUUUUCUGCGCUCAAGGAAGCAUCAAGCGAAGGCCUCGGCUGCUGCAGGAGGAUGAAGAUGAGAUGCAGGACUUCAGCUACCGAGAAGAUUCAGACAGGCCUUGA